CUUUCCUGCCUUUUUCUUUUUCCCUACUAAGAAGUCUUCUCUGAACCUCGAUCUCAACUCUCUACUCAUCGAGCAAAUCUCAAGUGUUGUUUUCGCGAGCUUAAGAAGAUUUCGAUAUUUUUGGACGAAACGAAAGAGAGUCGAAGUACCAAAGUACCCACGAACAAUCAGAUCAUCACGUGUCAAAAAUUCGAGAUAUCAAGGAUAUCGAACUACCAGCCUACAUAAUGCCAGGACUCCUCUCAAGAAGAUUUUCUCGUCCGCGAUCACACCGUUCAUCACCUUCUUCCAGCCCACCGCCAACAAUCUACCAUCGACGCUCGCUCUCCCGCAAUAACUCUUCAUGCACACCCCCACCACCAACUCUCACGCUCACCAGUCUCAGGCUCCCAGAAACAUUCUUCGCUACGAGGAGGAGAGAGAGUGCUGGCUUGGAGAUGAAAGAUGAGGAAAGUGAUGCUGAGUGCUGGAGCAGGAUGCUGAUGUUGCAGAGGGAGUAUCAUUGUUAUAACAGUGCGAGGUUGGAGGCUGCGGUUGAGGCUUUGGAGAAUGGGGUCGGGAUUGAAGAAGUGCCUAUUCCUUCGAGGCUUUGUUUGGAUCUGUUGAAUGAGGAAUUGGAGCAGAGGUUAGAGGCGAAUGAGCAGAGCAAAUUGCAUCACUAGGGUCUGGAUUUGGAUUCCUCAGGAGAGCGAGGCGUGCAUGGAGUUGGGAGAAAUCAAGAUAGGUCUAGAUGGCCCAAUUCCCCGGACGGAAAGGAUGGAACGACUCAUCCAACGAUUUGACGAAUUGAGUUUUGCGAGUCCGAAUAUGCCGGGCUGUGAAAGGUAUCGA